AUGCCCACACAUCGUUUAGCAUAUUCUACAGGUUAUGAUUACAAGACAUUCCGAUCGACAUGUAUUAAACAGAGAUUAAACAGUUUAAGCAGUGGCCUCGGCAGCAGCUGGCUCAGCUUGCUUGUAGACCUUGACAGUUGGAGCUGGAACAGACUCGUCCUCCUCCUUGUACUCAGCAAUCAUGACAGCAUCUGGCAAAGCCUUUGGACCGAACUUGUUCUUAGCUGGGUCUCUCAUGAUCUUGACUCUGAUACCCAAAACACCUUGUCUCAUCAAAACGUGUCUGAUGGCAGUGUCAAUGAACUCUCUGGUUGGUUGACCAGAGUGGAUCAUGAAACCGUCAGCGUACUUUUGGGACUUGGCUCUGGCAGCUCUCAACUUACCAGAAAUGACAACCUCAACACCCUUGGCACCAGCAGCCAUGGUGAAUCUCAAGACACCGUAAGCGGCUCUUCUGAUUGGCAAACCACUCAACAACUUAGCCUUCAAAGCCUCGGCUUGGACAGCAGCAGAAAGAGCUCUCUCUUCAACUCUCUCAGCGUAGAUGACAAUACCGUCUUGAGGCAACUUGAAUCUCUUGACAAUCAAAGAAGUCAAUUCGUGGAUUCUUCUACCUUGCUCACCCAAAACACCUUGGGUGUUAGAAGCCUUAACAAUGACUUCAGUCUUGGUGUUGGUCUUUCUGACCUCAACACCAGCGUAACCUUGUUCGGCCAAUUCUCUGGUGAAGAAUUCGUUCAAUUCGGCGUAGAAGACACCGUCAGCGACCAACUUUCUCUUCUUGGACAAGAUUCUUUGGGUUUGAGCAGACAUUGUUGUUUGAGUUAA